AUGGCAAACACGUAUUCCGCAUCGCGAGAUUACACGAAACCGGCUAUUGAUCAGCGAAUCGCUGAGUUAGUGAAAAGGAGGAUUGGUGCACGGGAAGAUUUACCCACGGAGAGUACAAAAGAACGGCUUGCUAAAUUUAAGGAAAUUCGUAAUGCCAGGCAAGGAUUACUGAAGAUUACCCAUCAACAUGUCUUAGAGACGGUGGCAUACAUUCUGAACACAGACGCCGAGGUACUUGAAGAAGGGGUUCUCGACAAAGACGAAUAUGUAAAUGUAUUUAGUAGUUUCUUCGCCGAAAGCGGAAGACAAGCAAUCGUUAUAUACCUCCAACCAAUGAGUCCUCCGACAAUUGAAUCCGGGCGAUGGACGCCGCAACUUAGCAAAGAACAGCAAGUUGUACGUUGCUGUAUAACAGAUGGUACUACCGAAGAAUUCUCAGGCAGAUGCGUUAUAGUUUAUCGAUUACAAUCAAACGUGGAAUUUGGAGUCAAACAGUUGGUCGACGAAACAUAUUAUGCAUAUGCGGAAGUAGACCCUACAUCGCAAAGUGCAUUGGCAGGAAUAUCUGAUUUAAUUUCACGUUUGCAUGCACGAACGUUAACUGCUAAUACGCAAUGGGGAGAAUUGUCGAAGAGCGAAGCUGGAGAAAAGAUAAAGGACGAUUUUAUAGGCGACUUUAAAGAUUUUUGCGAAUUUCUCAGUAUGACAAAGAUAGAUUUGGAAAAUGUUAUAUGCUUUCAAAUUAAUUGGGACUUGUACCAGAAAUGUUUGGCGCUACCUGAAAGUAUUAAAGAGAGCAUUCGUAAACCGGACGUUAUUAAAGCAGCAGAAGCUGAUGUCCGAAUAUGGAUGAAGUUGAUGGAACGGGCCAUCGUUGAAAGCCAACAAUUGCGCAGGGAAACCGAAACUGUAGGACCAACUGUAGAACUUGCGUAUUGGCGGCGAUUGUUCGGCCAGUUUUCAUCGAUAAUGAAUCACAUAAAGUCAUCUUACGCUCAAGCAUUUAUACAAUUGUUAACGGAAGCGAAGUCAAAACUUAUCAAAGUAAAAUGGAAGAUAUUAGAAGGUCACGUUAUUACGGUGCACAUUUUGUCUCAAGAUAACGUGAAGUAUCUGUACGCCUUAGAGAAAUUUACACAACCGUUGUACAGAUUAGAUCCAACGAAAAUAGGAGAUUACUUACCUGCGCUCAUGUAUGCUAUAAGGAUGAUUUAUGCCACAUCACGGUUUUUCAAUACGAGGAAGAUGGUAACCGCUGUAUAUGUAAAGAUAACAAAUCAGAUGAUAUUAGCAUGUAAAGCAUAUCUAACGGAGGAUGGAAAAUUAAGCAUUUGGAAUGAAUCGAAAUGUACUAUGAUAUCGAAAAUAAAGGUAAAGAUAGAUUGCAUUAAACUUUGUGAGACAUAUCAUGACUGUUACGACGAUAUGUGUAAGAAGGUCGAAGAAUCUCCAGAUGAGAAGCCUUUCGAGGUAUCCGAAAUGUAUGUUUUCGGAAAGUUCGCCACUUUCAAGACAAGAAUAAUAAAAAUCAUGGACAUACUUGAAGCAGCACGGAUGUACUCCAUCCUGCACAGUUCUUCUAUAGAAGGAAUUAAUGUAUACGCGCAAAAGUAUACGGAUCAUUUUAAAAAGAUCUCUUCGCAGAAGUAUGAUCCCUUAGAUUUCAGGAAACUGUAUUUUGAUGCUGAUUACGAUGAAUUCAAAAAGAGCGUAGCAGAAACCGAUGUAGAGCUUAGAGCAUUUUUCCAUAACUGCGUUUCUCUUAUGCCAAACAUAACGCAGAGUUUAAAUUUGAUAGCUAGGUUUCAAAAAUUGAAUCUCAAGCAACUGAGAAUUGACAGAAAAUGCGUGGAACUUAUCUCAAUGUUCGAACGCGAGAUCGAGGAUAUCCGCGACAGAUACAAUGAAAAUAGAUCCGAUCCACCUGUACCGAGAAAUAUUCCACCUAUCGCCGGUAGAAUUCUGUGGAUCCGCCAGUUGUACAAACGUAUUGAAGUUCCUAUGAAUAUGUUUAGGUCGUACCAUCGAGUGAUUGCACAUGAUUCCAUGCAGAAGUGCAUUAAGAUAUAUAACACGCUUGUCAGCGUGUUCCUUCACUACGAAUUAAUUUAUCACAAAGCAUGGUACGAUUCAGCUACCAUUGUAAGUUUUAACUUUGUUCGUCUAGCGUUAUCAUCCCCUAUGCUUGUGCGUCAUCCAAAGACAAAUAAGUAUUGUCUGAAUUUCGAUUCUUACAUUUACGAAGUAAUACGAGAAUCGGAACAUAUAUCCAAGUUCGAAUUAGAAGUGCCAGAAUUCAUACAAAUGUUAAUCUUUUGCAAAGAAACGAUAUUUUCAACGUAUGAAAGAGUGAAGAAAUUGCUUAAGAAAAAUGAUGCCCUUAGACGAUCUAUUCCGAUCUUGUUUUUAAAUCUAAUAAAAUUAGCACUUGUCAAUCUUGAGAUUGCCUUUCAACCAUGCGUAUCGAUAAUUACAUGGUCCUCGUUAAAAAUUUCUAACGCAUGCAAUAAAAUAGAAGAAGAAAUAAAGAAUACGCAGAUAUUCGUAAAGGAAGUGGCAGACAUGAAAGCAGCAAGAGUGGAUGAAGUGCUCGAGUCCAUUGCAGAAACAAUGUUACUGAAACUAGAUGAGUACCCGAAAAGCCCAGAACAACUUUUAGCCGAUAACAUAGCUUUCAGAGAUAAAGUAGCAAUUGACUUGGAAAUCAAAUCUUCGGCGGCGGAGAAAACUGUUAUCAUGAUUAUUAAUAAAUUUAUGGAUCUUGUAAUUGAUCCCACUGUGCAGGAUGUUAAAUACAAUUGGAUGGAUCCCGAAAAAAUACACAGAGUCCUAUCUGAAAGUAGAUUAAUACAGGGACCAUUCGAGCCGGGUAUUGUAUUCUUACGAUUAAUAAAUGGCUCAUUAAAUAUAGGUUUCAAUUACAUCGAAAGAACAAAUAAGGUUAAGAUAAGUCAAGUGCAUAAUGAUUGCAUGGAACUAUUUGCGUGUUAUAAUAAUAAAUUAAUAGACGCUUUAGUUAAGUGCACUAAAAAUUCUUUAGACUUAUUAAAGAAGAAAGCAAUCAUCAUGAGGUAUUUUAAUCGUAGAUUAUAUCUAUACAUGUACAUAUUUAUAUUCGUGUUAGUUAAAGAUGUUGCAUUUGAACAAGAAAUUCCAAUCAUGCUGACAUAUUUUAUUUUACAAAUACCGAAUAUUGUAAUUAUACCAUCAAUAGAAGAUUUGCAAAAUCAUUUCAACAAAGUUAUAACAAAUAUUAUAGAAACGAAUAAAAAGGUGUUUAUGUGGGGGCAGCGAUAUUCUACAGAUGCAAAAGCUACACUACUUGAUAAAGAAGAACCGCUCGAAACCUAUUUUCAAAAUAUAUGCGAUCAUAAAGACAUAAUCCGCAGUUCAAUGAGUCUGCAAGGAUUAAUCUUAAUGUUGAGAGAUGAUGUCUCCAAAGUUGGCAACUCAUAUUUACGAUAUUCCUACAUGUGGGCAGAAAAUAGAAAUGAGAUUAUUCAAGCGUUCGUUGACUCCAAACCCCUUCUACAAGAAAUCAAGGAAAAGUUUAUGGAAUACGAAAACUUAAUGACAGAAAUAAAAAAUUUACCUAAUUGGCACAUACUCGGUCCUCUUCAAAUUAACACAGAUAAAUUAAAAUUAGCUUUCCUCGUUGAGGCAAAUGCGUGGAAAAAAUCAUUGGGCGUCAUUUUAUCAAACAGAUAUAAGGAAAAAUUUCAAAAAAUAAUAGAUUACAUUUUGGAAAAAAAUAAAGUUCUUGCCAGGCAUAUUAAAGAUUUGGAGGAUGUUAGAGUUGCGAUGAAAUGCUUGACAGAAAUACGAGAUGAUUUUGUAUCAUUGGAUAUGGAAUUAAUUCUAAUUGAAGAAACUUACACAUUAAUGGGAAAAUUUAACAUUGAUAUUUUAAAAGAAGAUCAAGAUAUUGUAGACGGAUUGAGAUAUAAUUUUAGCAACAUGCUCAAUAAGGCGAAGCAAGUUCAAGCAGUAAUAUGUGAGAUGCAAGAGCCAUUGAAAACGGAACUUAUUGAUGGAGUUGCAGUUCUUAAAAAGAAGGUAGCUCAAUUUGACUUUGAUUUUGAACUCAAUGGUCCGAUGGUUGAAGGAAUACCCGCAAAAGAAGCCAGCGAACGACUUAUCCUGUUCCAAGCGCGUUUUGAAGAAUUGUGGGAAAGAUACGAGACUUAUAGCAGUGGCGAAAGCUUGUUCGGUAUAGAAAUAACGGAGUACCCGGCUCUGCAACAGAGAAAAAGAGAAAUUAAUUUAUUGCAAAAAUUAUAUACGUUGUAUUUACAAGUCAUGCGUACUAUUAACAACUAUUAUGAUAUUCCAUGGUCCGAAAUUGACAUUGAGUCAAUUAUAAUUGAACUGGCCGACUUCCAAAACAAAUGCCGAAAGUUACCUAAAGCCAUGAGAGAAUGGCCCGCGUAUAUCGAUCUAAAAAAGAAGAUCGACGAUUUUAACGAAAUGUGCCCAUUGUUAGAGAUGAUGGCCAAUAAAGCCAUGAAAGAUAGACAUUGGGAAAAACUGUCUAAACUUUGUCAAUAUUUCUUCGAUGUAGAAUCUGAAACGUUUACCCUAGCGAACGUUAUGCAGGCACCUUUAUUGAAAUACAAAGAUGAUGUGGAGGACAUAUGUAUUAGUGCAGUGAAGGAACAAGAUAUUGAGUUUAAAUUGAGGCAGAUAAUUGCGGACUGGGCAAUUAUAAAUUUGCAAUUUGCCAAUUUCAAGCAGAGAGGCGAAUUACUCCUUAAAGGCAUCGAAACGGCUGAAAUAAUAGCUCUCCUGGAAGAUAGUUUAAUGAUUAUAAGCUCUUUGUUGGCAAAUCGUUACAACGCACCGUUCAAGAAAGAGAUUCAGUUGUGGCAGACCAAGCUUAGCAAUACGUCGGAAAUAUUGGCAAAGUGGUUAACUGUACAGAAUCUGUGGGCUUAUCUGGAAGCAGUAUUUAUUGGCGGCGACAUAUCAAAGCAAUUGCCCACCGAAGCAAAACGCUUUAACGCUAUCGAUAAGGCUUGGGUCAAGCUUAUGCUUCACGCUCAUGAGAGAUUAAAUGCGGUAGAGACGUGCACUGGAGAUGAAACGAUGAGUCAGUUUUUACCUCAUUUACUGGAACAGCUAGAGUCGUGCCAAAAAUCUCUUAGCGGCUAUUUGGAAACCAAGCGAGUUAUUUUCCCAAGAUUUUGCUUUAUAUCGGAUCCUACUUUGCUGGAGAUACUCGGGCAAGCAGCGGAUUGUCACACGAUACAGAAUUAUCUUGAUGGAUUUUUCGAUAAUAUAGCAAAACUAAAGUUUUCCGAAAAGGAAUAUGACAAAAUCGUAGCAAUGCAUUCACGGGAAGACGAACAAAUAGUGCUGGAAAAAGAAGUCGCGUGUAUAGGAGGCGUGGAGAACUGGUUAAACGUUCUGUUAACAGUCCACCAGCAGUCUGUUGGCGCUGUGAUUUCGCUGGGGCUGCAAUCACUUCGCGCACCUGAAUUUGACAUCUUGUUAUUGAUAGAAAAUUCCGUUUUGCAAUCAACAGAUGAAAAUUGCACAACAAUUUCAAAUAUUCAUUUUCCACGCCCCCAGGUGGGCCUAUUAGCGUUACAAGUUUUAUGGACACGCGAUUCCGAAAUAGCAAUUACGACAGCCAAACGUGAUAGAACGAUAAUGAAAAAGACCAAUCAGUGGUUCCUGGAUUUGCUCAACAGUCUUAUAGAAAUGACCGUUAAGGAUCUUACAAAGUAUGCCAGAAUAAAGUACGAAUGUUUAAUAACGAUACACGUGCACCAAAGAGACAUCUUCGACGAGUUGUGUCGUAUCAGAAUUCGAAGUAUACAUGAUUUCGAGUGGCUGAAACAAUGUCGGUUUUAUUACGAUGACGAUUCAGAGGAAGUUCCAAUCAAGAUAACCGAUAUAGAUUUCGUUUAUCAAAAUGAAUUCUUAGGUUGUACAGAUCGACUUGCGAUUACGCCGCUCACAGACAGGUGUUACAUAACACUAGCACAGGCUGUAGGAAUGAACUUUGGCGGGGCUCCCGCAGGUCCCGCCGGCACAGGUAAAACGGAAACGACGAAAGACAUGGGGAAAGCGCUAGGAAAAUACGUCGUUGUAUUUAAUUGCUCCGAUCAAAUGGACUUCCGAGGUUUAGGCAGAAUAUUUAAAGGUCUAGCGCAAUCCGGUACCUGGGGAUGCUUUGACGAAUUUAAUCGAAUUGAUCUACCAGUAUUAUCCGUCGCCGCACAGCAAAUAGCAAUCGUGCUCAACGCGCGAAAAGAGAAAAAGACAACUUUUCUGUUCAGUGAUGGCGAAACAUAUAAACUCAAUUAUGAAUUCGGAAUAUUUAUUACAAUGAAUCCCGGGUACGCUGGCCGACAAGAAUUACCGGAAAAUUUAAAAAUACAGUUUAGAAGCGUAGCGAUGAUGGUGCCUGACAGACAAAUCAUAAUGAGAGUAAAACUUGCGGCAUGCGGCUUCAAAGAGAACGUAGUACUGUCGCGAAAAUUUUUUAUAUUGUACAAAUUGUGUGAAGAGCAGCUUAGCAAGCAGGUACAUUACGAUUUUGGAUUAAGGAACAUCUUGUCGUGCUUGCGUACACUUGGCGCUCAGAAACGCGCGCAUCCCACCGAUUCUGAAGAAACCACACUUAUGAGAGUACUACGCAAUAUGAACUUAUCGAAGUUAGUGGAUGAGGACGAGCCUCUCUUCAUGUCGCUUAUCGAAGAUAUGUUCCCGGGUAUAAAGUUAACAACGCAGACAUAUAAAGAAUUACAGAAAGCAAUAGCUAACGCCACCGUUGCCCUUGAUAUAAUGAAUCACAACGAAUGGAAUUUGAAAACUGUUCAAUUAUACGAGACGUCGCUUGUCCGUCAUGGUUUGAUGGUCCUCGGACCAACAGGAUCUGGUAAAACGCGAUGCAUGUGGGCGCUAAUGAGAGCUCUAACAGAGAUGGGUAUACCGCAUAAAGAAGUUAGAAUGAAUCCAAAAGCAAUAACUGCAUCUCAAAUGUUUGGAAGACUCGAUGUUGCGACGAACGAUUGGACAGACGGUAUAUUUUCCAUUAUAUGGCGAAGAUCCACGCAAACGAAGAAGACGGAAAAUUUAUGGAUGGUACUAGACGGCCCCGUUGACGCAGUAUGGAUCGAAAAUUUGAAUUCCGUUCUAGAUGACAAUAAAACAUUGACAUUGGCAAAUGGCGAUCGCAUUACAAUGGCACCUAAUACUAAAUUAGUGUUCGAACCUGACAACGUGGAUAAUGCGUCUCCGGCGACUAUAUCGCGCAUGGGAAUGAUAUUCGUCAGUGCCUCCGUACUAAAAUGGAAUUCAAUUUUAGAGGGUUGGCUUAGAAAAUGUUCCACCAAUGAGGCUCGAGUGUUACGCAUGUUGUUUCAUAAAAUAUACGAAGAUGCCCACACAUUCGUUCAAACAAAGCUUCAUGCUAAAAUGGCGAUUUUAGAAGCGCUUUAUAUACGGCAGUGUAUUGACUUAUUGAAAGGUUUAAAUAUCGGAAAUUCUGACCCAUCUAAAAUAUUGCCUGACCACCAUAUCGAGAAGCUCUUUUUGUUUUCUCUUAUGUGGAGCUUGGGUGCUAUGUUGGAGCUAGACGGACGAUUUGCACUACAGGAAUAUUUUAUAAAUCAUGAAUCACAUUGUAGCUGGCCGAAGUGUACAGUUCAUGAAACCAUUUUUGAGUACCUCGUAUCGGACGAGGGAAAAUGGAUACAUUGGAGUAAAAUGGUACCAAAAUUUGAAUAUCCGUCGGAUUAUGUCUUAGAAUACCACAGUAUUCUUGUUCCUAAUGUGGAUAAUGCGAGGACGUUAUAUUUAAUUGACAUUAUAGCGAGGCAGGAAAAGGCAGUACUUUUAAUAGGGGAAGCUGGUACCGCAAAAAGCGUAAUGAUGAAGAGCUAUAUGUUUAAGCAUGAUCCCGAAUAUCAUCUGAAUAAGUUUUUUAAUUUAUCUUCAGCAUCCACGCCCAAUAUGGUUCAGCGGGUAUUCGAGAGCUACGUCGAAAAGCGAGUGGGCACCACUUAUGGUCCGCCCGGUGGACGGAAAAUGACCAUCUUUAUCGACGAUAUAAAUAUGCCGGCCAUAAACGAAUGGGGCGAUCAAAUUACGAACGAAAUCGUGCGCCAGUUAAUGGAGUACAAAGGGUUCUACUCCCUGGAUAAACCGGGCGACUUUUGCACUAUGCAAGAUAUUAUGUUACUUGCCGCGAUGCAUCAUCCGGGUGGAGGCCGAAAUGACAUACCACCGCGGCUGAAACGACAGUUCAAUAUUUUUAAUUGCACCCUACCGUCCAAUAAGUCCAUGGAUACAAUUUUCAGUGUCAUCGGCCAAGGAUACUUUUGCAUCACGAGAUUCUCCGAAACCAUCGUCACUUUCCUGCCGAAGCUCAUACCGAUGACUCGAAUAUUAUGGCAGCAAACCAAAGCGAAGAUGCUACCGACUCCUGCCAAGUUCCAUUACGUCUUUAACUUGCGCGAUCUCUCCCGUAUUUGGGAGGGAAUGCUCAGAAUAAAGAGUGCCGAGUGCGAAUCUAUAACGACACUGCUGAAAUUAUGGGAGCACGAAUGCACGCGGGUGAUAGCAGACCGCUUCAUUACUGCCGCCGACAAAGAGUGGUUUCAAAAUACAUUGCGGCGGACCGCGGAGAAGAUGUUAGGUCCGGAUUUUCGGUAUUAUUCUACAGUCGAGACGUACUUCGUUGACUUCUUGCGCGAACCACCAGAACCGACGGGAGACGAGCCGGAAGACUUUAUAUUAGAGGCACCAAAGAUUUAUGAGGAGAUACCGAGUUACGACAUCGUUAUCGCGAAAGUCCAACAAAGUAUGGAGCAAUUUAAUGAAUACAUACGCGGCAUGCAUCUUGAUUUGGUCUUCUUCCACGACGCUCUGGUGCACUUGAUUCGAAUAUCGAGAAUACUAGGAGUUCCCAGAGGCAAUGCGUUGCUAGUAGGUAUAGGCGGGUCCGGGAAGCAGAGCCUGACGCGACUGGCAUCCUUCAUUGCAGAAUUUAACUUCUUUCAAAUAACCUUAUCCAGAAUUUAUAAUGUAGCUAGUUUAAUGGACGAUUUGCGAAAAUUGUAUCGUGCCGCUGGUAUUGACAGCAAAGGUUUAACUUUCAUUUUCACUGACAACGAAGUAAAAGAGGAAGCAUUUUUAGAAUAUAUAAACAACAUAUUAAGCGUUGGCGAAGUGGCCAAUCUUUUUCCAAAGGACGAAUUAGAUGACAUUUUGACAACCGUCACGCCGUUAAUGAAAAAAGCUGAUCCUCGACGACCUCCAACGCAAGACAAUCUUUACGAUUACUUUAUAUCGAAAGCAAGAAAUAAUCUGCACAUAGUUUUAUGCUUUUCACCGGUCAGUGAAAAAUUUAGAUCGCGAUCGUUAAAAUUCCCUGGUCUUAUAUCUGGUUGCACAAUGAAUUGGUUUUCAAGAUGGCCAAGGGAUGCACUGUACGCGGUCGGCGAACACUUCUUAAGCACGUAUAAAAUUAUAAGCAGCCCGGAAGUAAAACAGCAAUUAAUGCAAGUUGUUGGUGAUAUUCAAGAUAAUGUAAGCGAUAUCUGUAUGGAAUACUUCGACAGGUUCCGACGUCAAGUAUACGUAACUCCGAGAUCAUUUUUAACGUUUCUCGACAGUUAUAAAACACUUUACAAGCAACGUUUGGAUAAUAUUAAUACGCUUGUUUCUCGUAUGAGUAGCGGUUUGAGCAAAUUAAUUGACGCAGCGGCACAGGUCGACGUGUUACGGCACGAAUUGGAAAAAAAUCAAGAGGAGAUCGCAGCGAAAAAUAUUCAAGUGGAGGCGAUUCUGAUUAGUGUGAAUGAGAAAAAGAGAGAAGCUGAGGGAGUGAAAGCGAAAGUGCAAGUGUCGAAGGAUGAAGCGGAAACGAUUCUGAAAGUGAUAGCGAAAGAUAAGGCAGUGGCAGAACAGAAGUUGGAAGCUGCGGAGCCCGCCUUGCUGGAAGCGGAAGCUGCAUUGCUGACCAUAAAAGCAGCGGAUAUCUCUACCGUUCGUAAACUGGCUAAACCACCGUAUUUGAUUACGCUUAUAAUGGACUGCGUUCUGAUUCUAUUUGGACGCAAGCUGGAACCAGUUAAGCCGGAUUACGAGCAUCAAUUUCUAACAUCUUCGUGGUCGGAAUCGUUAAAGGUCUUGGCCGAUACCAGAUUUUUAUACAAUUUACAAAAUUUUCCAAAGGAUAACAUCAAUGCCGAAACUGUCGACUUAAUGAUGCCGUAUUUAAAUUUUCACAUGUACACUUACGAAGCCGCGAAGCAAGCCUGUGGAAAUGUUGCGGGUCUCAUACAGUGGACCAUCUCCAUGGUCACUUUUUAUGAAAUAAAUAAAGAUGUGCUGCCGUUGAAGGCAAAUCUUGUCGUACAAGAAAAUAAUUACGAGAAGGCCAACAAAAAUUUACUCGCGACGGAAGAAUUGUUGAAAGAAAAAGAUGAUGCUUUAAAGAUAGUGCAAAAUGAAUUCGAUGCCAUGAUGCGAGAACGACAAAUAAUUAUCGACCAAGCUGCGGCUUGCCAAGCAAAAAUGGAUAUCGCAUCAGCUAUGAUUGAAGGAUUGUCGGGAGAAAAAUUAAGAUGGACUGAGCAAGUGACUAUGUUUAAAUCGGAAACAGAACGUCUCGUCGGAGAUGUGCUGGUGUUAACUGGCUUUCUUUGUUAUUGCGGGCCAUUUAAUCAAGAAUUCCGACUUCUUUUGCAAAAGAAAUGGUUUGACUUCAUACAGGAUAGAAAGAUCCCAAUUUCUGUUACAAUAAGCAUCGUUAAUACAUUGACAGAUACAGCUACGAUUGGUGAUUGGAGCUUGCAAGGUCUGCCAACCGACGAAUUAUCGAUACAAAAUGGGAUAAUUGUAACGAAAGCAUUGAGAUAUCCUCUGUUGAUCGACCCGCAAUUGCAAGGCAAAACAUGGCUUAAAAAUAAAGAGAAGGAAUUCGAUUUACAGAUAACAUGGUUCAGUCAUAAAUACUUUAGAAAUCACUUGGAAGAUGCGGUAUCAUUAGGACGACCAUUAUUGAUUCAAGACGUAGGAGAAGAAAUAGAUCCAAUGUUAGACAAUUUGCUAGAAAAGAAUUUUAUAAAAAUAGGAACCUCCUUCAAGGUUAAAUUAGGCGACAAAGAAGUGGAUAUUAACAAAGACUUUAGACUUUAUAUCACGACGAAAUUACCAAAUCCUUUUUACACGCCAGAAAUAUUUGCCCACACAUCUAUAAUCGAUUUUACUGUUACGAUGAAAGGUCUGGAGGAUCAAUUGUUAGGAAGAGUCAUUUUAACAGAGAAAAAAGAGUUGGAGACCGAAAAAAAGCAAUUGAUUUCCGACGUAACUGCGAAUAAUAGAAAAAUUAAAGAAUUAGAAACAAAUCUUCUACACAAAUUGGGAACUGUACAAGGUCCUUUGAUAGAAGACGUUGAAUUAAUGUCUGUAUUAAAUACCACGAAGCUUACAGCGGCGGAGAUAAAUAAAAAGCUGAGUGUCGCGAAAGAUACAGAGCUAAAAAUUGAUAUAGCACGUGAAGAAUUUCGACCGGUCGCAACGCGCGGUAGCGUUUUGUACUUUCUGAUAUGUGACAUGCCACAUGUCAAUUCCAUGUACCAAACGUCCCUCGUUCAAUUCUUGGAGCGAUUUGAUAUCUCAAUGGCUAGGUCCGAGAAGAGUCCAAUCAAUCUGAGAAGAAUAAAUCACAUCAUCGAAUAUCUGACUUACGAUAUAUUUAAAUAUAAAGCACGCGGACUUUACGAGAUACAUAAAUACAUGUUCAUUUUGUUGAUGACGCUAAAAAUCGAUCUGCAACGUGGCAGCAUCACGCACGAAGAAUUUCAGUAUCUCAUUAAAGGCGGCGCAGCGUUGGACUUAAAGGCAGUCGAGCCAAAACCUUGCAAAUGGAUCACGGAUGUGACAUGGCUUAAUCUAGUUGCGCUGUCGUCAUUACGACAAUUUCAGUAUAUCGUAUCUCAAGUACCCGCUUCCGAGAAAGUUUGGAAACACUGGUUCGACAAAGAUGCACCAGAGGAGGAAGUUAUACCAGAUGGUUAUAACACGUUGGACACAUUCCGUCGAUUGCUUUUGAUAAGAGCUUGGUGCAUGGAUAGAGCGUUGUCACAGUCAAGGAAAUAUAUAGCAUCUUCUUUAGGGGCAAAAUACGCAGAGCCCGUGAUUACGCUUCUCGACGUAAUGCACAGCGAGUCAAGACCAAACACACCGAUGAUCUGUUUUCUAAGCAUGGGAUCGGAUCCCACAACUAGCAUCGAGCUGCUCGCGAAGAGAAUGGAAAUCGUUUGUAGGAGCAUAUCGAUGGGGCAGGGUCAGGAAGUUCAUGCUCGUCGACUGCUCAGUAGCGCGAAAACUGAAGGCUUUUGGGCUUUAUGCCAGAAUUGUCAUUUAGGCUUGGAAUACAUGGUGGAAUUGGCAAACUUUCUUUUAGAAAUGGAGGCACCACAUCCGAACUUCCGCGUGUGGAUCACGACGGAGCCGCACAAAGACUUUCCCGUCUCGUUACUGCAAAUGUCUAUAAAAUAUACAUACGAACCCCCGCAAGGAAUACGCGCCGGUUUAUUGGCGACGUACAGUGGUAUGAAUCAGGAAAUAUUAGACCAGUGUGACGCUACGCAAUAUAUACCGCUAAUCUACACCGUGUCAUUCCUACACACCGUUGUUCAAGAAAGACGGAAAUUUGGCCCCCUGGGAUGGAACAUACCUUACGAAUUUAAUUUGGCGGACUGGCUGGCGUCCUGCAUGUUCAUUAACAAUCAUCUGAACGAUUACGAUCCGAAGCGUGGUAUAAAUUGGCAGAGCGUGCGUUACAUGAUAGGCGAGGUGCAAUACGGUGGACGCGUUACGGACGACUACGAUAAAAGGUUGUUAAACACCUUUGCGAAGGCGUGGUUCACGGAAAUGCUCUUCGUGGAGAGUUUUGUUUUCUACAAGGGUUAUCCGCUUUUGAUAUUUAAGCAAGUGAGCGAUUAUUUGAAGGCGAUAGAUGCCAUGAGUCCCAUAGAUCCACCACAAGUCUACGGCUUGCAUCCAAAUGCGGACAUCGCAUAUCAGAGUAAUACCACGCAGACUGUGCUAGAUCUAAUAAUGUCGGUGCAGCCGAAAGAAGCGGGUGUCGCCGGUGCGGAGUCCCGAGAAGUAGUUGUUACAAGACAGGCGAAGGAAAUGCUAGAAAAAGUUCCGGAAUUGUAUGACAUAUUUGAAGUUAAAGAAAGAUUGUAUGCAAUGGAUCAUACUGCUCCGAUGAAUAUUUUCUUAAAACAAGAGAUCGACAGGAUACAAAUGGUUAUAAAAUUAGUACGCAUUAUGCUUAAGGAUCUUUUGUUGGCUAUAGAAGGCGUAAUUAUAAUGAGCGAGGAAUUGCGAGAUACUCUCGAUAAUAUAUACGAUGCCAGGAUACCAAAGACCUGGAAAGCUCGAUCGUGGGAGUCUGCUUCUUUGGGAUUCUGGUUUACGGAAUUAUUGGAGAGGAACCAACAGUUUUCGACUUGGCUGUAUAGCGGAAGACCGACGAAGUUUUGGAUGACUGGCUUCUUCAAUCCACAAGGAUUUUUGACGGCGAUGAAGCAAGAAAUAACUCGAACUCAUAAAUGGGCGUUGGAUAACGUUACGCUUCAUAAUGAAGUACUACGUAAUACGGCAGAUGAAAUCAAGAAACCCCCACCCGAAGGUGUUUACGUUUAUGGCUUGUUUCUGGAGGGUGCUGGCUGGGAUCGAAGAAAUAACCGUUUAUGCGAAUCAGCAAAUAAAGUCCUUUAUGUACUAAUGCCAGUAGUGCAUAUUUUCGCUUUACAUAAUUCAGAUAAGGUUUCUCCCCCACAAAACAAGAACCUGAAGUUAUAUCAAUGUCCCGUGUAUAAAAAACCUCAGAGGACUUAUAUGCUGUUAAUAACACCGCUUUGGCUGCAAACUCUAAAAAAUCCUGAUUACUGGAUAUUACGUGGCGUCGCUCUGUUAUGUGAUAAUAAAUAAUUUAUUAUAAAUAAAAAGAU